AUGGAGGGCUCUUCAGAUAUCAACACCGUCCUCACCAACUCGCUGAGUCCCGACGCGACCCUGCGACAUGCUGCCGAACAGCAACUCAGCCAAGCCGCUGAGACAAACUUCUCUCAAUACCUUGUGACACUCGUUCAAGAGUUGGCAAAUGAAAGUGCCCAGAGCCACAUCCGAGCGGCGGCCGGUAUCGCCCUCAAGAACGCCUUCAGUGCUCGCGAGUUCGCUAGGCAAGCGGCGCUCCAAGCAAAAUGGCUUCAGCAGACCGACCAAGACACAAAGACACGGGUGAAGCAGCUCACCCUCGAGACCCUCGCCUCCAGCAGUACCCAGGCAAGCCAGGCCUCAGCGCAGGUCAUCGCCGCCAUCGCUACCAUCGAGCUACCACGAAACGAGUGGCCCGACCUCAUGCACGCCUUGGUCAAGAAUGUUAGCGAAGGAAGCGAACACCAGAAGCAGGCCUCUUUGACCACCAUCGGCUUCAUCUGCGAGAGCCAGGAUGUCGAUCUGCGAAACAGCCUGGUCCAGCACUCGAACGCCAUACUCACAGCUGUUGUGCAGGGUGCUCGCAAGGAGGAGCCCAACCGCGAAGUCCGUCUUGCCGCGAUUACCGCCCUCGGCGACUCUCUCGAGUUUGUCGGCAACAACUUCAAGCAUGAGGGCGAGCGCAACUACAUCAUGCAAGUUAUCUGUGAGGCGACACAGGCCGAGGACUCUCGGAUACAGCAGGGUGCCUAUGGCUGCCUCAACCGCAUCAUGGCCCUCUACUACGAGAACAUGCGCUUCUAUAUGGAGAAGGCCUUGUUCGGUCUCACUAUUCUGGGCAUGAAGAGCGACGACGAGGAUGUGGCCAAGCUCGCUGUUGAGUUCUGGAGUACCGUUUGCGAGGAGGAGAUUGCCAUCGAGGAUGACAAUGCUCAGGUCGAGAGCUCCGAGCAGAUGCGCCCCUUCUACAACUUCGCCCGCGUUGCUACCCUCGAAGUAGUCCCUGUACUCCUCCAGCUUCUCACCAAGCAAGACGAGGAUGCGGCCGACGAUGAGUACAACAUUUCGCGUGCCGCCUACCAGUGUCUCCAGCUUUAUUCUCAGGCGGUCGGUGCGGCCAUCAUUCAGCCAGUCAUCCAGUUCGUUGAGGCCAACCUUCGUGCCGACGACUGGCAUCUACGUGAUGCCGCCGUUUCCGCUUUCGGUGCGAUGAUGGACGGCCCCGAGGAGAAGCUGCUCGAGCCUAUCGUCAAGUCUGGAAUGCAGCCCCUUAUUAGCAUGAUGGAGGAUCCCUCGCUUCACGUUCGGGACUCGACCGCCUACGCCCUUGGCAGAAUCACCGAAACCUGCUCCGAGGUUAUCGAUCCCGCUGUUCACCUUGAUCCCUUGAUCACCUCUUUGUUCAACGGGCUUAUGAGCAGCCCCAGAAUGGCCGCGUCCUGCUGCUGGGCCCUGAUGAACCUCGCCGAGCGUUUCGGUGGCGAGUACGGUGCCGCGCAAAACCCCUGCGUGACCAACUUGCUUGCUGUGACGGCCAAGCUUGACGGUGACGCUGCUGUGCGCACUGCCGCUUAUGAGGUUCUCAAUGUGUUCGUGCAGAAUGCUGCUAACGACAGUCUCCCUGCUGUUGCGUCCCUCUCGGAUGUUGUCCUCCAACGUUUGGAGGAGACCAUCCCCAUGCAAUCCCAGGUUGUCAGCGUCGAAGACAAGAUCACUCUCGAGGACAUGCAGACCAGUCUCUGCACUGUGCUCCAGGCCAUCAUCCAGCGCUUGGACAAGGAGAUUACUCCUCAAGGCGACCGCAUCAUGCAGGUUCUGCUUCAGCUCUUGAACACUAUCAAUGGCAAGAGCGGCGUUCCCGAAGGUGUUUUCGCGGCGAUCAGCGGCCUUGCGAACGCCAUGGAGGAGGACUUUGCCAAGUACAUGGACGCUUUUGCUCCCUUCCUCUACAAUGCCUUGGCAAACCAGGAGGAGCCGAGUCUCUGCUCCAUGGCUAUCGGCCUGGUCAGCGAUAUUACUCGAUCCAUGGGCGAGCGUAGCCAGCCGUACUGCGAUCAGUUCAUGAACUAUCUCCUCAACAACCUCAGAAGUACUGCCCUUGCCAACCAGUUCAAGCCUGCAAUCCUGCAGUGCUUCGGCGACAUUGCUGGCGCCAUUGGCGGCCACUUUGAGGCCUAUCUCUCGGUUGUCGCCGUCGUUCUUCAGCAAGCUGCUACUGUCACUGCUUCUGCUGAGGGUUCGUACGAGAUGUUCGACUACGUGAUUUCGCUUCGCGAGGGUAUUAUGGAUGCUUGGGGUGGCAUUAUUGGUGCCAUGAAGGGCAGCGACAAGACCAACGUCCUCGAACCCUACGUCCAGUCGAUCUUCGAGCUUCUCAACACUAUUGCUCAGGAUCCCAACCGCAGCGAAGCCCUCAUGCGGGCUGCCAUGGGCGUCAUUGGUGAUCUUGCCGAUGCUUAUCCCAACGGCCAGCUGGCCGAGGUCUUCCGCCAGGACUGGAUUACAGCCAUGAUUAAGGAAACUCGGUCGAACCGCGAGUUCCAGCAGCGUACCAUCGAAACUGCCCGGUGGGCGCGCGAGCAGGUCAAGCGCCAGAUUAGCGGUACCCAAGGCAUGAUCCAGACAUGA